CACACUUUGCAAAUUUGUUCAACAACUGAAAUGGCCAGCUCAAGCCAAAUUCCUCCCCACGAUGAUGCUGAAAUAGUAUACAUCUCCUCUGAUAGCGACAAUGAUGGUUCUGAGGAUUCUGAUGAUUCCGAUGACUACCCUUUUGGGUGGAUUCGAAGGACUGACCCACGGUUUCGUGAGAAGGAGCCUCGGGUUGGGAAAAUUCCAUUCGGUCCUGGGUUCAAUAAGGCCAUUACUGCUGCUCAAUCUAGACAUGGUCAAUGUAUGGGAAUUCCCAAUUGGUUUGUGGAGAAAUGGCUUGAUAGGAAAUAUGACAAAAUCGUUAUGGUAUAUGAGUAUGUGAAGAUCUAUCAAUUCUCUCUUGCGUGGAAUGUUCACAAUACAAACCAGUGCUCCUUUGCGCUUGGUUGGUAUGAUUUCAAGAGAGAGAAUGCCAUAUCGCCGGGAGACCAUGUAAUUGUGAUGCCAACAUGUUUUGAAGAUGUGUUCACCAUAACUGUGUCACGCGCAAGGGAUCGUCGUAUGUGAAGGAAUAGGUUUCAUGCCCCAAGUGUUGAAUAUCUAAUUUUCUAGUAUGUUGUUUAAUGUCAAUUCCCAUGUGGAAGCCCUUUGUAGUGUUCCACCCUUUGUCACCCCUUUGUUCCCAACUACGUUAAUUUCCAAUUGAAUAAAAUUUAGUGUU